CCAGCUGUUGGGUGCCGGAAGAGGACGGACCUAAGAUGGCGGCGCCCACAGGUGCCGGGAAGAACCCCUCAUGUCGGGGAACGCAGCGGUGUGGGGGCGGGUGCGGAGCCGCCUCCGCGCCUUCCCCGAACGCCUGUCAGCCUGUGGGGCCGAGGCCGCGGCCUACGGCCGGUGCGUGCAGGCGUCCACGGCCCCGGGCGGCCGCCUGAGGAAGGACCUCUGUGCGCAGGAGUUCGAGGCCCUGCGGAGCUGCUUCCUCGCCGCGGCCAAGAAGACCCAGAAGGGAGGCCAUUAGGAAGGAGGAGGACUGUGCUUGACAUCCAUUUGCUGCCCAAGGGUGCAGAGCCAGGCACCUUGUCCUGACGGUCCCAAGGGGCAAACAUCUAACGUUCUUAGGGCUAAAAGGACCUCAAUGUGUAGGCUGAGCCCAAGGCAAAGAGGAAGCGGUUUUCUGUAUUAGAAUAAGAUGCCGUGAACCAACAAUAAAGACGUGAAUCAACAAUAAAGAUGGCAGCAGAUCA